AUGAAUACCAUCGAGAUCAUGCGGCGGGUAUUUGCUCAGCAUGGGGUUUGUGUAGAGCUCGUGUCUGAUAAUGGAAGACAGUUUGUGGCUGAGGAAUUUAAAGAGUUCAUGACCCAAAAUGGUGUAAAGCAUAUACUGAUACCCGCUUAUCACCCAAGCAGUAAUGGGCAGGCCGAAAAUACGAUAAGAACAUUCAAACAAGGAAUGAAAAGGGCGAUGAGAACAUUGCAAUCGUGUAAUACAUCUUUAAAUACCAAAUCGUGUCAAUUUCUACUGACUUACCGAACUACACCUCACUGUACAACAAAGCGCACGUCUGUGGAGCUCAUGGGUCGGCAGUUACGCACUCGCCUUGAUUUACUACACCAGUAUGCAUCUCAGCGAAUUGAAAGAAAAGCCUCAGAGAACGAGAAACCAAUGAGGGAACUCGAUAUAGGGGACGUGGUACUGGUUCGGGAUUAUCGUCAAAAUACCAAGAAGGGCAUAUGGACUCGAGGAGUUGUGGUUCUUAAAUUGGGUCCAUGCACAUACAAUGUACAAGUGGACGGUAACUUAAUAUGGAAGAGGCAUAUUGAUCAAAUGAGACUGAUCUCCAAUGAUUCUCAAGAUAACAAAAAUGAACUUUUAGCACGUGAUUUUUCAGAGUUGGUCAGCUAUCCAGACCCAUUACCAAGAGAGUUCAUAAAUACUCGUGAAGAGUUAGGCGAUGCAGUUGCAGGUGCAGAGAAGAAUGAAAUCCCAAAUGUAGAAGAAAAGGAGGCGGCAGCUGCAGAAAAAAUAUUGGGAAAUGAAAAUGGUAAUACUUCUGAUGACUCACCUGAUAGUUCGAUAUCUGAAUUACCAAAACUUCGAAGGUCUACCAGACAAAGUAGACCACCUGACUAUUUUAGAAUGUAA